AUGGCUUCCAGGAGGCCAUCACCCAUUGGGGGCUUCCAGGAGGCCAUCACCCAUUGGGGGCUUCCAGGAGGCCAUCACCCACUGGGGGCUUCCAGGAGGCCAUCACCCAUUGGGGGCUUCCAGGAGGCCAUCACCCAUUGGGGGCUUCCAGGAGGCCAUCACCCACUGGGGGCUUCCAGGAGGCCAUCACCCAUUGGGGGCUUCCAGGAGGCCAUCACCCACUGGGGGCUUCCAGGAGUCCAUCACCCAUUGGGGGCUUCCAGGAGGCCAUCACCCAUUGGGGGCUUCCAGGAGGCCAUCACCCAUUGGGGGCUUCCAGGAGGCCAUCACCCACUGGGGGCUUCCAGGAGGCCAUCACCCAUUGGGGGCUUCCAGGAGGCCAUCACCCAUUGGGGGCUUCCAGGAGGCCAUCACCCAUUGGGGGCUUCCAGGAGGCCAUCACCCAUUGGGGGCUUCCAGGAGGCCAUCACCCACUGGGGGCUUCCAGGAGGCCAUCACCCAUUGGGGGCUUCCAGGAGGCCAUCACCCAUUGGGGGCUUCCAGGAGGCCAUCACCCACUGGGGCUUCCAGGAGGCCAUCACCCAUUGGGGGCUUCCAGGAGGCCAUCACCCAUUGGGGGCUUCCAGGAGGCCAUCACCCACUGGGGGCUUCCAGGAGGCCAUUACCCACUGGGGGCUUCCAGGAGGCCAUCACCCAUUGGGGGCUUCCAGGAGGCCAUCACCCAUUGGGGGCUUCCAGGAGUCCAUCACCCACUGGGGGCUUCCAGGAGGCCAUCACCCAUUGGGGGCUUCCAGGAGGCCAUCACCCACUGGGGGCUUCCAGGAGGCCAUCACCCAUUGGGGGCUUCCAGGAGGCCAUCACCCAUUGGGGGCUUCCAGGAGUCCAUCACCCAUUGGGGCUUCCAGGAGGCCAUCACCCAUUGGGGGCUUCCAGGAGGCCAUCACCCAUUGGGGGCUUCCAGGAGGCCAUCACCCAUUGGGGGCUUCCAGGAGGCCAUCACCCACUGGGGGCUUCCAGGAGGCCAUCACCCAUUGGGGGCUUCCAGGAGGCCAUCACCCAUUGGGGGCUUCCAGGAGGCCAUCACCCAUUGGGGGCUUCCAGGAGGCCAUCACCCAUUGGGGGCUUCCAGGAGGCCAUCACCCAUUGGGGGCUUCCAGGAGGCCAUCACCCGUCGGGGGCUUCCAGGAGGCCAUCACCCACUGGGGGCUUCCAGGAGGCCAUCACCCAUUGGGGGCUUCCAGGAGGCCAUCACCCAUUGGGGGCUUCCAGGAGGCCAUCACCCAUUGGGGGCUUCCAGGAGGCCAUCACCCACUGGGGGCUUCCAGGAGGCCAUCACCCAUUGGGGGGCUUCCAGGAGGCCAUCACCCAUUGGGGGCUUCCAGGAGGCCAUCACCCGUCGGGGGCUUCCAGGAGUCCAUCACCCGACGGGGGCUUCCAGGAGGCCAUCACCCAUUGGGGGCUUCCAGGAGUCCAUCACCCGUCAGGGGCUUCCAGGAGGCCAUCACCCAUUGGGAGCUUCCAGGAGGCCAUCACCCAUUAGGGGCUUCCAGGAGUCCAUCACCCGUCAGGGGCUUCCAGGAGGCCAUCACCCAUUGGGGGCUUCCAGGAGGCCAUCACCCAUUGGGGGCUUCCAGGAGGCCAUCACCCAUUGGGGGCUUCCAGGAGGCCAUCACCCAUUGGGGGCUUCCAGGACCCCCACUCCUGUAG